AUGUACAAAAAAUCGAAUCAAAUAUUCACCCUCUACAAACCAAAUCCCAUACCGAAACCUAGAAAGAAUUUAAACACGUCCAGACGAAAUUUUCAUCAAUGCUUGAAAUGGAUGCUGCUGGUAGCUCAGUGUUUUGGGCAAAUUCCCGUGAUUGGUAUUACCGAUCCCAGCGCAAGAUCUUUGCAGUUCAAGUGGAAAAGUUGGAGAACAGUCUACGCCCUACUGAAUUGUCUGGGAUCCGUUUGUCUGACUGGAACAUUUUUGGGAAACUUGCUCGUGAAUGGAAUGGAUCUUUUCUCCUCUAGUAAGAAACCCUUAGGAGAUUUAGGUGUUAUCGGAACUGUUUUAGCAUCUGUCGCAUUUCACGUCAAUACUAUGAUCAUCAAUAUUUUACUAACAUUUGCUUGGACAUUUAAUGAUCUUUUUCUGAUACUAAUCAGCACCGGACUGGCCGUCAGAUUUCAACAAGUUACUGCAAAAUUACGAAUUUUGAAAAACACAAAGCAAGUUGAUUUGUUACUAAUUCUACUAGUUUAUUCAGAAAUUAUCGUUGGACAGAAUACCAGUUUGGAUGAUUGGAGAGCAAUAAGAGAGGAUUAUAACAGACUAAGCCAGUUGACAAAAACCGUAGAUGACGCCCUAUCAUUCAUGAUACUGGCCUCAUACACGAACAACCUCUUCUUUAUCCUUGUUCAACUUUUCAACAGCUUAAGGUCGAUGAAAGAUACCUUAGAAAAGGUUUAUUUCUUCUUCUCUUUCGGUUUCAUGAUAAUCCGAACGGUUAGCGUGUCAAUGUAUGGUGCUUGGAUCUACGACGAAAGUAAAGAACCGGCUACAACCCUGAACUCAAUUUCUUCAGACACAUACAAUCCAGAGAUAAAAAGGUUCAUUGAUCAAAUUAAGUUUGAUACUGUUGCGUUAUCUGGCAAGCAUUUCUUCUAUAUAACCAGGGGGCUUAUUUUAAGCAUGGCCGGUGCAAUUGUUACCUACGAAUUGGUUUUAAUACAAUUUAAUGUUAAUCUGUUACAAGAUGGUACGUCUGAAACUUAAAUAAUUGUAGGC